UAUUCCAGGAUUCUUCUAUGAAAGAUGACACUAAGCAGGCCUUGAUUAGCUGCCUAUAAAAGAGAAAAAUGUUUCGCGCUUGACCGAAAAUCCCAGUAAGCCUUUGUAUCACCCCAGUCGAGCUGUCAAGUGCACGUAAUCGCCAGGAUCCGGCAUCCCAAUUAUCGGUAUGUCAUACACUACACAAAGGGAUUUUUUCAACGUAACAUUCCGUAACGAGGAUCCAAAGCCCCCGGAACGCAAACGAAGCGAUGGAGCCCUCAUGACAUACGAAUUCUGCACCGACGGCCGGGCAUGGGCUUUGGACAAGGAGAAACGAUCCAAAUACAUUCUCGAUGUUGUUCACAAGGCCCGUUUCAAAAAAGCAGUCUUGCAUCCAGAUGGCCAGUUCGAGUUAUCCAAGAAUUAUCUACUAAACAUGGAGGUAGAUGAUUUGGCAAACUACAUCGUAAGUUUGCAGGCUGAAGUCAAACGAAAGAAUGAAACUGUACAACAAUUAGAGGAAACCCGACGGGUGCUUGGCGAACAGCUCGACUCGGCUCAACAACAAUCGCAGGAUCGGAUCCUAAUUCAACAGCAAUCUGCGAUUUUGCAACAAGAGCGCAACGAGUUCGAGCAACAAAUUGACGACCUGGAGGAAGCAAUAAUUUGUCUGAAAGACCGUGCCGAUCGUUACGAUCUGCUUGCAAAAGAAAACGAACUACUUCGAUGUCAGCUGCAGAAACAUCGCGCAGAAGUGGCCAACAAAAUGCAAUUGGCCCACGCAGAAGCGGAAGCCAACUUUAAUCGAAUGCGUGCAAAUGACUGUGAAAAAUUAGAAGCAGAAUUGAUUAUUUUCAAGGCGGAGUACGAAGAGCUUCGAAAGCAAAAACGUGAGUUGAAAGAGCAGCUCCAAAAAUCUUCAAUCUGUAAGGUAAGGUUGUCAGAACUAAAGCGACAACUUGCCACGGAGCAAGCUGAGCGAGAAAAGGUCGAGGAACGAAUGGAACACUUGUUGGCAAUUUACGACAAGCAGUAUCAAGAACUACAACGUAAGAGUGAUUAUAUCGUUGAGUCUAAUCAGCGAAUGGAAAGAAUUCACUACGAUCAACGCUGGGAACAGGAUCACGGAGUGCCAGUCAUAGAGGAACCUCUAACGGCGAAGUCAUCUCACCAAACUCUCUUUAAACCGUCGGCAUCAGCUGAGUUGUUGGUCGAAAGCUGCGCGAAUUGCCAGCGAAUGGAAGCAGAAAUCGCAAGGUUGAAAAACUUGCAGGACGACGUCAGUAAACGUGACGAAUUACGAAAUUGGCAAGAACAAGUUCGACAAUUGGAAGACGCCCUCACAAGAUGCAAAGCUCAGCAAGGUACCACGGAAACACAAACGUUGGAACUGCAAAAACAACUUCAAGAAGCAAGAGAAGAAUUGUCGCAAAAGGACGUAGAACUCGACUCGUAUUCAGGUCUAAUGGAGCGGAUGUCCAGCUACCAAUCUAGGAUUGAGGACCUGGAAGAAGAGCAACAAUUCAAGGCAAACCAGCUUGCAGCUUCGAUGACCGAGUUGCAGCAAACCAAAGAACAACUAAAUCAACUUUUAUCCGCCCCUAAAGAUGUAUCCGAGAAAAUAGAAUUGAAUGCAGUGAAACAGCUAAACAAUGACUUGCAAAAGAAAAUCGAACAACUAGAGUCUGAGUUAGCCGCCGCAAAAGCUUAUUCUAAAGAAUUGAUAGAAAAUUCUGCUGAUAAGGAGGAAUUGUUGAAAACCAUUGCAGCGCUCAAAUCAGAGAUACAAGCAGUUCAAGGUAUAGUGAAGGCACAGGAAGAGGAAAUUAUAAGAUUAGAAGGGGAAUAUGGAAUACCUGGUUUAGUUCAACAGUUUUCAGACCAUCGAUUUUCACCCGACGUUCGAAUAAAAUCUUCGGCACUAGGAGACCGACCGAUGUCUGCUGAAGCAUUAGAACGAGGAGCUCGACCUAGAUCGGCUGGAGCAACCGGAAUAACCGGUAUUGAUACUACCGUAGCUCUAAACCGAGAAGCUCGACUAAUAUCAGCUAGCGCAGUCGGUGCAGCUGGUACACCCGGUACCAUUGUUGCUCCAUUAGGAGCUCGUGCAAAAUCUUCAGGAGCAAUCGAAGAUACCCACUCAUUUGCACGCGAAGCACGACUACAAUCCGAUGGAUCAAUACACGGCGAAGAUUAUGCACGGGCAACUUCUCUUCCACCAGAAGCGCUACCAAAAUCAGCUGAAGCAAUUGACAGAGCUCAGUGGGAUGAGGCCAAAGCUGUGUCACCGGAAGCCAAGUUAACUUUUACUGGAGCACAUCAUGAAAUUGAUUCAGCACGCGUCAUUUCUCGUUCACCAGGAGCUCGAUCAAAAUCAGCGAGAACAAUUGGUGAAAAUGAUGCUGAAGAAGGUACGACACAUUCGCCGGAAGCCCAGUCUAAACUUACGAGUCCAAACGGUAAAGAUGGUUCUGCUAGGAUAACAGCAGGAAGAAUAUCUGCUGCAGCAUUCGGGGAAGCUGGAACAGUUGGAGCAAGAGCUCGAACAAAAUCUGCCGGAUCAAUCAGUGAAACAGGAUCAGCUCGUGAACGAGAUCGAAUCAAAUCUACCGGACCAGUCGUUGAAGUUGGAUCGACUCAGCCAGGAGCUGAAGCUAGUUCGGCAGGGACAGUAGCUCGAAGGAAGCCGGCUGGAGCGAUCGGCAAAGUUGGCGCGACAAAAGUAGGAACCGGACUCCGAACAAAAUCCGCUGGCGCAGUUGAUGAAGAAGUUACUUCACCAGAUGAUCAAUUGGAAUCUGAUAUGGAAGGGAAUACUGCGAUUUCACCAGAAACUCAAUUAAAAUUCUCCGACGAACUAGAUCGUAGUGUGAACUUCCAAGAUAAUGUAAAAGAGCUCGGAGCCAACAAAACGGAAAUAGAGGGAAGGCCAAUGGAUAGCUCUAAAGUCAAAAAAUCUUCCAUAACUGCGGAAGAAGUUAUAUCGCAACUCAAUGAAAAUUUCAUCACAAUAGGUGAAACUGUGGCUACUGGCAGUUCCGAUCCUAGCAGAACAAAAAUAAUUGCAUUGAAGAUAGUCCAGCAUGGCAUUAGUAUCUUAAUAUUGCCUGAACUAGAUCACCUGCAUCGUGAAAUUUAUCGUGCUACACUCGACCGUUACCUUACACUGGGAAAAACUGUGCAAUUCUUGGAUAAUGCUUUCUGCGAUAACUGUAAUAUCCUCAAUACAAUGCAAACGAUGGGGAACAAUGAAAUGCGGGCAAUGAUUUCUUCUUCUACUCAAGUUCCGAUUGCAAAUCCGUUACUGUUGGACGACCAAAUACCGACUCGUCUGCCACCUGAACACUCGCAUCGUCCGCAAGUCGAUGGUACUGCACCUAAGCCGAAACAAAGGGCUAAAACGGCUAACUUUGCUGAUACUAAAGAUUCUAACGAAACCCAGCAAGUAUUUGCACUGUUUACAAAGGGCUCAUCAUUGCAUCCGAAUAAAAAAACCAAUAACCGCCUACUGAUCGAUAAAUGCAGGACACGUCCUUGGAGAUCACCAAAGACCCCACCGAAGUAAAUACACCAAGUUCAUCAAAAACAUUUUAAAAUUUAUUAGUGUUCUAUUUUUUGUUAUAUUUCAUUUAAACUGAU